UCUUUCCCCCAGGGCCUCGACGUCCCCACCAAGGCCGGGCCCAACCCCCUCUGUCCCUCCCUCUUUCCCCCAGUGCCUCGACGCCCCCACCAAGGCCGGGCCCAGCCCCCUCUGUCCCUCCCUCCCUGUUCCCCCCAGGGCCUCGACACCCCCACCGAGGCCGGGCCCAGCCCCCUCUGUCCCUCCCUCCCUCCGGGUGGGGGGCCGAGCUGAGAUGGGGCAGCAGUUGAGGGUCCGUAAGACGGACCGGGAACCGAGGGGUAGGUAGCCCUGGCUUUGGGCCCCGCAGCCCCUCCCGCCCCCAGCCGUCCCGAGCUUCUGCCCCUACAAGGUUUGGGCCGCGGGCAGGGGAGGGUCCCGGGCCCCCGGCUCCGCCCGCUCCCUCCCGGCCUUUUAGGCCACGGCCCCCGCUGGGACGCCCCAGUCCGUCCCGUCCGUCCCGUCCGGCACCGUCCCGUCCCGUCCCGUCCGGUUGGUCCCUCCACCGCCCGCCGCAGCCAUGGACGCCAUCAAGAAGAAGAUGCAGAUGCUGAAGCUGGACAAGGAGAACGCCAUCGACCGCGCCGAGCAGGCCGAGGCCGACAAAAAGCAGGCGGAGGACCGCUGCAAGCAGCUGGAAGAGGAGCAGCAGGGGCUCCAGAAGAAGCUGAAGGGGACGGAGGAUGAGGUAGACAAGUACUCCGAGUCGGUGAAGGAUGCGCAGGAGAAACUGGAGCAGGCGGAGAAGAAGGCGACAGAUGCAGAAGCAGAUGUGGCCUCCCUGAACCGGCGCAUCCAGCUAGUAGAGGAAGAGCUGGACAGGGCCCAGGAGCGACUGGCCACGGCGCUGCAGAAGCUGGAGGAGGCAGAGAAGGCAGCUGACGAGAGUGAGAGAGGAAUGAAGGUGAUUGAAAACCGGGCCAUGAAAGAUGAGGAGAAGAUGGAGCUCCAGGAAAUGCAGCUCAAGGAGGCCAAGCACAUCGCUGAAGAGUCGGACCGCAAAUACGAAGAGGUGGCCCGGAAACUGGUGAUUCUGGAGGGGGAGCUGGAGCGCUCUGAGGAGAGGGCCGAGGUGGCCGAGAGUCGGGCCCGGCAGCUGGAGGAGGAGCUGCGCACCAUGGACCAGGCCCUCAAGUCCCUGAUGGCCUCCGAGGAAGAGUACUCCACCAAGGAGGAUAAAUACGAGGAGGAGAUCAAGCUGCUGGGGGACAAGCUGAAGGAGGCUGAGACCCGGGCAGAGUUUGCCGAGAGGUCAGUGGCAAAGCUGGAGAAAACCAUCGACGACCUGGAAGACGAGGUCUAUGCCCAGAAGAUGAAGUACAAGGCGAUCAGCGAGGAGCUCGACAACGCGCUCAACGAUAUCACCUCCCUCUGAGUCUCCUUUCUCCCUUUCUCUGUCCCCCCCCCGCCCCUCCACCUUCCCCCGUACCCUCGGCUCCUGCCUUCUGGACUCUGGGCCCCACUGACUCCUUAGCGCCAGCCUCUCCGGCUCUCGGCACUCUGCCCUCGCUUCCGCCUCCUCGUUUCCGCGGCCGUCGGGCUGGGAGCGGCGCGGGCUGGGAGGGGGAGCCUUCUGGAGAUGAAGCUGCUGCCUUUGCACAAGAGGCCGGGCCGGGGUGGGACAGCUCAGCCGGAGCCCCUGGCUCCUCGCUGUCCAUCUGUCUGUUGUCCAUCUGUCUCUGCUGCUCAAUAAACUGUCUCAACUCAACCUGAGGCCAAGUCUCCCUCACCUAAGCAUGCCGUAGCACACCCCCCACCCACAGCAUCCCCUGCUUUUCCACACCUACCAAGGACCCCCACCUCCAGAACCCAUUCUGUCUCCCCACCUAGGACCUCUCCUCGUCUCUUCCGCCCAUCGCUUCCUGUCUCCCUCGCCGAACACCACCUGGUUUCCCUUCCCUGAGCAUUUUCCUGCCUCCCUCAAACACCCUCUCCCAGUUUCCCCACACAGACAUCCCGUUAGCACCUCCCAACACCCCCACUAAACGCCUCCCUCACAGGGUCCGGGCUUGACACCUACGCACCUCCCAAACACCCUGCAAACCUCGUUAAUACCUCCACCAGCCCGUCAAAGGAGACGUUAAAGAUUUUCCUGCUCUCCCCUCACUUUUUCUUUUCAAUGGCCUCUGUUAAGCUG